AAAUACCAGGAGAAGCCCAAAAUCGUCCAAAAAGCCAUUUUUUCAACUUUCAGGAGGCGGUUGCUUCCUUGUUCCUAUCUCUCUUUCUCUCUCUCUACCGAACUCCUCCUGUCCUGUUAGUCCGCCGGUCAUCUUCCACUUUACGUCACAGAUAAAACUUUUUUUUUGCUAAGCGUAAUAACAAAGUAAUUAUCUCGCUCUCCCUCUCUCAAAUAUCCCAACUGCAGACCGUUGACACUUGACAGGAAUCUAGCUCCACUCUUCACCUCACCGGCCGUGCGCUCUCUCUCUCUCUCUCUCUCUACUGAUGGCGUCCGGGCGGGGAGGGGUGGCGGCGCUCUGUCAUUUAUGGGCAGCGGCGAUGAUUCUGAGCUCGGUGGCUGGAAUGUUCGUGGUGGAGAAGAGCGGCAUCCGUGUUCUGCGGCCUGAACAUAUCAGGGGGAGACAUGAAAGUGCAAUUGCUAACUUUGGAAUCCCUAAUUACGGGGGCACGCUUAGUGGGGUUGUUGUGUACCCCGAGAAGGGAUCCACAGGUUGCAGCCGCUUUGAUGGUGCCCACUUCAAAUCUCGCUCGGGUCGCCCCGUUAUCCUUCUGCUCGAUCGCGGAGAUUGCUACUUCGCUUUGAAGGCAUGGAAUGGGCAGACUGCUGGGGCUGCUGCAGUCCUGAUUGCUGACAGCAUAGAUGAACCAUUGAUUACCAUGGAUACUCCUGAAGAGAGUAAAGAUGAUGAGUACGUCGAAAAGAUAAGGAUUCCAUCAGCUCUGAUCAACCGAGAGUUUGGUAUGGCCCUUAAGAUGGCGGCGGCGAAGGAUUCGGAGGAAGUUGUUGUGAAGUUGGAUUGGAGAGAGUCCAUGCCUCAUCCUGAUGAGAGGGUGGAGUAUGAAUUCUGGACCAAUAGCAAUGAUGAAUGCGGCACCAGAUGUGAUGAACAAAUGAAUUUUGUACAAAACUUUAAGGGCCAUGCUCAAAUUCUUGAGAGAGGAGGAUAUACUCUCUUCACUCCUCACUAUAUCACUUGGUAUUGCCCUGAGGUUUUUAUACGUAGUAAACAGUGCCAGACUCAAUGUAUAAACCAUGGUAGAUAUUGUGCUCCUGAUCCUGACCAGGAUUUCACAGAGGGGUACGAAGGCAAAGAUGUGGUCAUUGAAAACCUUAGGCAGCUUUGUGUGCACAGAGUAGCUAAUGAGAAUAACAGGUCAUGGGUUUGGUGGGAUUAUGUAACAGAUUUUCAUCUUAGAUGCUCUAUGAAGGAGAAGAAGUAUAGCCGGGACUGUGCUGAUGAUGUUAUUAAAUCUCUGGGUAUGCCUCUUGAUAAAGUCAAAGAAUGCAUGGGCGAUCCUGAAGCAGAUGUUGAGAAUCCUGUACUGAAGAAAGAGCAAGAACUUCAGGUUGGUCGUGGUGCACGUGGAGAUGUUACCAUUUUGCCAACCCUUGUUAUAAACAACAUUCAGUAUCGCGGAAUACUUGAGAGAAUGGCUGUGUUAAAAGCAAUCUGCGCUGGAUUCAAAGAGGCAACAGAACCUCCUGUUUGCUUAAGUGGAGAUAUCGAGACUAAUGAGUGCCUUGAGAGGAAUGGUGGUUGCUGGCAGGAUUUGAGAAUGAAUGUAACAGCUUGCAAGGAUACUUUCCGAGGAAGAAUCUGUGAAUGCCCUACAGUGAGGGGUGUUCAGUAUCAGGGAGAUGGAUAUAUUUCGUGCAAAGCUGUUGGACCUGGAAGGUGUGCGAUGGGUAAUGGUGAUUGUUGGUCAGAAACCAAGAACGGGCAAACAUUUUCUGCAUGCUCAGAAUAUGAUUUGAGUGGUUGCCGCUGCCCUUUUGGCUUCCAUGGUGAUGGCUAUAAAUGCGAAGAUAUUGAUGAAUGCAAGGAAAAACUUGCAUGCCAGUGUGAUGGUUGCUCCUGCAAAAAUACAUGGGGUGGAUUUGAUUGCAAGUGCAAAGGAAAUCUUCUUUAUAUAAAGGGAGAGGACACUUGUAUAGCUAAGAAUUCAUCAAGACUUGCAUGGUUAUUGUCACUCCUGGUUCUGUCAUGUGUAGUUGGUGCUGGAAUAGCUGGUUAUAUCUUCUAUAAAUACAGGCUGAGAUCUUACAUGGACUCAGAGAUAAUGUCCAUCAUGUCUCAGUACAUGCCUCUUGACAACCACCACAAUGAGGCCCAACCUCUGCGACAAGAUUCCACCAUAUGAUACAGGAGUUUGUAUAUUUAACAGUAGAGUUUUAGCACAGAACUCCUAUGGAGUGUGGAAGCUUGUUGCUGCAUUAUCAGGAUUACAGAAUACAGAAUCAUUCUACAAAUUUUACCUGUGAGAAGAAAUGAAAGGAAAGGCAGGGCCAAUUGUUUCAGUUGCUAAUGUUGAUUGUUGCCAUAAAUAUAAUAAGUUUAGGAUCUUACCAUAGAACUUUGGCUUAAAUUUAGUAGUACUUAAUAGAAUGUAAAUGUAUAUCACAGAUGAUUUAUUUGAUUUCAAUUAUGAAAACAAUAAAAGAGGAAUUAAAGAGAAUGGCUUAUUUGAUUUGAUUGAAGAAAAA